AUGGCUGCCUUUCCGCCUUCCUCCCCCUCAGCCUCCUCCUCAUCUGCAUCUUCCUUGCCCUCUCUCUAUCCGUCCUCCUCCUACAGUUCAAUUCACUCCCCACCAUUGACCAGUGCCAAUCUUUUCUCGUUGCCUUUAUCGCCUUCCCAACGUCCCUCUAAUCUUCGUGCCCGAGAUCAGCUAGAGACUCUUAUUGCGAGACACGGUCACCCCACCAGAGUUUCGUUGUCAUCCCUCGAAGAAUUAACGGCCACCUCGUCGACUUAUAGUCCGCCGUCCCCCCAGUCACCCGUCUCGGAAACCACAGACUAUUUCGCGGGUCUCAAUCUCAACCACUCUGCAUCUCGUCCGAUACCUAUACCAAAGCCAUCCCAUAUCACGCACGAUCACGAUUUUCCCGUGACCCCGUUGACCGGACGCUUUGACAAGGGCUACUACUUCGCCCACCGGCAUCGUUCACACUUCUCUGAACCGUCCAGAAUGCGCUCUGAUAGCUCGACAUUGUACGCGCCGGUCGCUACUCCUGCCAUGUCGUCAGCUGGUCGCCCUCUUUCCCCCCAGCCAUCGCGCGCCCGUGGCGGAAACUCAUCCAAACCAGCCCCAGCCUUUCAUCUGGGAAGCUUGCCACGGUUCCAUCCCGCUGUUUAUCAGUCCUCUGGAACCUCUCAGACCUUGUCUGCGCAGCCUCCAUCACCUCGACAACCCCGACAGCACGGAUACCGUGCGUCAGCCGGCUCUCGCGACUCCAUGUGGCGAGACCUGGCGGAUGGAAACAUUCUUAUCAAAGCUCCCUCACGCCCACUCUCACCCAGUCCAUCUGCACCGCGUCUCGACCCGCUGAACAGCCCUGGACCAGUUACACCUCUCGCACUCGAGGAUGCAGGUGGCUAUCUGGGCUCUGGCACAACCACUGACCCUACUGCUCGCGAAAGCCACUACUCCGGCCCGGCGCCUGAUGCAGUGGAUAAGCUCAUCGCCCGCGAGGCCGAGCGGGCCCGGCAGAAGGCCAGAAAAGGGCUGAAGGGCUACUGA